CGCGCCCCGACCUCAGGCCUCCAGUGGAGCUCGAGCCCGGUCAGGAGAAGCGCGCCAAACCCGCGGCAUCUCACGGGCAAAGAUCAUCUGCGAGCAAACGGCGGCGCGCGAGACUGACGCGGCGCAGGCGGCGGACGUGACCUGUGCGCGGCGGAAGUGCCGUACCUUGCCCCGCAGCGAGCGUGUGAGCGCCGCUCAGAUCUUUGGACGCGAAAUGGUCAACCAAGUUAUUGGCAGACUUUGUUACGGAAACAAGAUGAUUCUGGCCCCCAUGGUGCGUGUGGGCACUUUACCAAUGAGACUGCUGGCACUCGAGUACGGAGCAGAUAUUGUCUACUGCGAGGAAUUAAUUGAUUUAAAAAUGAUGCAAUGUAGGCGAGUUGUCAAUGAGGCCCUGGAAACAAUAGAUUAUGUUGCAACUGACGACCGAGUUGUUUUUCGGACCUGUGAAAGAGAAAAGAAUCAUGUUGUUUUCCAAAUGGGUACAGCAGAUGCACAGAGAGCAUUGACGGUCGCACAGCUUGUGGAAAAUGAUGUGGCUGGUAUUGAUGUAAAUAUGGGCUGUCCUAAAGAAUAUUCAACCAAGGGUGGCAUGGGAGUAGCAUUGUUAACCAACCCUGACAAAAUUGAGACGAUCCUUUCCACUCUAGUUAAAGGAAUCUCAAAGCCAGUGACAUGCAAGAUUCGUAUUUUGCCAUCUCUGGAAGACACCAUUAACCUGGUAAAACGUAUCGAAAGAACAGGCGUUGCAGCCGUGGCUGUACACGGAAGAAGGAAGGAGGAAAGACCGCAGCAUCCUGUGCACUGUGACGUAAUUAAAGCGGUCUCUGAAGCUGUGUCAAUCCCUGUAAUAGCAAAUGGAGGAUCUCAGGAGAUUAUCAAAGAUUUUGCAGGCAUUGAAGAAUUCCGCUGGGCAACAAAUGCUUCUUCAGUGAUGAUAGCCCGGGCAGCGAUGUGGAAUCCGUCCAUCUUCAGGAAGGAAGGACUGUUACCAGCAGAAAAGGUGUUGAAGGAAUAUCUCACAUACGCAAUUAAAUAUGACAGCCAUUACUCAAACACUAAAUACUGUCUCUGCCAAAUGUUGAGAGAUAAAUUAGAAUCAGCUCAAGGAAAAAAGUUACACGCUGCACAAUCAAAUGAGGAGCUUUGUGAGGCUUUUGAAAUGAUCGAUUUUUACAAAGAAGUUAUGGCUGACUUGGAGUCAAAAAGGGAUCGGCUGAAAUCAAGAGAUGAAGGGAAGUCAGAACAAAAUCCUGAAGAUAAAGAAUACACUGAUACCAUACAGAUGGCUGUCAGAUUCAACAAGCGUGAGUACCCUCCUCAAAUCACGCCCAAAAUGAUAUUGCUUGAAUGGUCUCGAAAACAAAAGCUUCCUCAACCAGUGUAUGAGACAGUACAGAGACCAUCAGACAGGCUAUUUAACUCAGUUGUGACAGUGGCAGACCAAAAGUACAGAUCCUCUUGUUGGGAUAAAACAAAGAAGGCAGCGGAGCAGUCAACAGCCAUCGUGUGCCUGCGAUCUCUCAGGGUUCCUGAGGGAAACUUGUGUGAGGGAGAAAACCCCCUGAAAAACAAACGGAAAAGAGGUGAGGCAGGAGUCCCCAAUGGCACAGAACGACAGAUGCUCCCUGUCCGGACGCCAAUAAAAGAAGCAGCCCUUCACUGAAGAAAGUAUAACAACUGACAUCACAGGAGUAAUGGAAUACGCUGGAAUUCUCUGAAGUGGAAUGGCAAUUCAAAAGUGGUUUUAUAUAUUCAUAAAAUGACUUUUAAGUUGUACAUAUAUUUAUAUACAUAUAUAAACGUGUGUGUGUGUGUAUAUAUAUAUCAUAUAAAUAUAUACACAUUUAAUCAGCCAGUACUCCUGCCUUGAUCUUUCUUGUGGUCAGUCUCCAUGAGCUCCACUGAUGCUGAAAUGUUGUUUUAAUAUGGUGGCCACAUGCCUCAAGAGCAACAGAGAACCUGGUGUGCCUGAGGAACUUUCUGCAAGAGCUAAAGUGUUUGUUUUCUUUCCUGUUUGAUUAUGCCUUACACAAAUAUCUGCAUAGUGUUUCCAAACCACUAACUGUGCCAGAGUGUACAAUUUAAUAUGGCACCAGUUCUGCACAAACCAUCAGUUCUCUGGCUUCACUUACAACCUGGAAGCAUUUAUUUAACAUUUAAUUUUACUAUUCGCUGCAUUAUCAAUAGUAGACUUCAUCUGUUCAUCAAUUUAUCCCCUUUCUUCCAUAUGUUUUCUUUAUAUCUAUUUCAGUUGACUUCUCUGUAUCUUUCUGUGUAAAUAAAAAGUGAACGUACCAAGAAAGUAUAAAAUCAAACCCAAUCCUUUGAA